AUGCACCGGCGAAUCCGGCGAGCCUUCUGCUCCCUGAAGGAACACACUAGCGUAAGUUGUGCAAAGAUUGCAACAGUUGGUGGGUUUUGCGAUCUUGAUCGAGUGUUCAUCAAAGCAACGUCCCCAGACGACUUGCCAUUUGAUGAGAAAUACGUUCAUGAGAUAAUGAAGAUUUUCGCGGUUUCCCCAGCUUCAUUGCGAGAUUUUGCAUUGUUAUUCGCAAGGCGAUUCAGCAAGACAGAAUGCUGGAGAGUUGCGCUUAAAUCCCUCCUGCUGCUCCACAGACUGCUUAGAUCUUUGCCUGAAGACAUCCCAUUUCGAACAGAACUCUCAUGGGCCAUAUCAAACAGAUACAUCACUCUUUACCCCUGUGAUUUCCAGGACUAUUCCUCCUCAUCAGCUGAAGAUUACACUACUCUGGUACGAUCAUAUGCGCAUCUUCUGGAUGAAGCAAUCGAUUGUCCAUCAAUUGAAGGGUUCGAAUCAGAUCAAGAUAUGAUACAUGAAGAGUUCCCUGAGAGGAUGAAACGACUUGGGAGAAUGAUUCAAGUCCUGCCUAAGCUCCAAAGUCUCAUAGAUCGUGUCAUGGACUGCCGGCCAACGGGUGCAGCUGAGAGAAAUUAUAUUGUUCAAUCCACUAUGAAACAUAUCAUUCGUGAUAGCUUCGCGUGUUACACGACUAUCAGGAAAGAGAUUGUUGUGAUGUUGGACAAUCUCAUUCAGUUACCACACCAGGAGUGUUCUGCGGCUUUCGACAUCUACAAAAAAGCAGCAAUUCAAGCCAAUGAAGUAUGUGCAUUCUACAGUUGGAGCAAAUCUAUUGGGUUGUGCGGAGCAUAUGAAUACCCCUUUGUGGAGCGUAUCCCUUUGAUUCAGAUUCGUGCUCUCGGAGCCUUCUUGACUGGAAUGUGGCAGUUAACUGAGUCGUCCUCUUCUCCAACAAUGUCCAACUCAGCUUCAAAUUUGCAGUCUCCCACAACUAUAUCAGACGAUGAAAGCGAUAAACUGAUGAAGAUGAUGGAUGUUGUUCCUGCAACUAGAGAUGAUGGCCAAGUCAGAUAUAAUGAAGCAAAUAUCAAGCAGGAAAGGCAGAAAGAUGCGUGGAUGGAGCCAUUGAUUCAGUUGGAAGGUGACAACAAUUCCAGUUGGGAGGCCCUUUUGGAAGCUUCACUUCCGAUGCCUCCUUGCAUUGUGUCAAGAAAUAGUUUCCUUUCCCUCCCAAAUGGGUGUGAUUACAGAGAUCAGUAUGGGAAUGGCUCCGCAAAUAAUUUGUUCACCAGCAGGCAAAUGCAAGUAUCUAGUACGCAACAUACAGUACAAUCUUCCACAAACCCCUUCCAUUGUCCAGAUUACAUGCCAUUCUACCACUGCUAA